CCUGAGGGCUAUUCGCUGCAACAGAUACAUUGUAGCCUACAGUUUAACUCGAAAACAAAGCGGUUACAUCCGUAUCAGCCGUUUCUACCGCUGUAAUUUUGCUGUGUUGAUGUAGACACAAAGCCCCUCUCUUUACCUACACAAACAGCUCCACUACGUUACAUCCGUCUUAUUCGGCAUAUCAAUGUAUUUCGUAUCACCAUUUCUUCCAAUAAUCCAUGUACCCGCCUCCCUGCGCUCCCAAAUAGAUGGUGCAAGUAAAAAUGUCCAAAUCUUCCGCAGACCCUCUGUCUGGUGUAGAGACCGGCUCCCAGUCACACUAUUUUCAGUUGCCCAGGAAGUUGCCAAAGCGCAAGAGUCGUUUUAAACGGUCGGAUGGCAGCACCUCCUCUGACACAACGUCUAGCUUCAUCAAACGACAGGGUUCAGCCGAUUCGUACACGAGCAGACCUUCUGAUUCCGACCUGUCAGCGGAGGAGGAUCGCGAGGCGUAUCGGCGUGAAGCCGAGCGCCAGGCCCAGCUGCAGCUCGAAAGGGCAAAGACCAAACCUGUAGCGUUUGCCGUAAAAACAAACGUGAGCUACUGUGGGGCUCUGGAUGAAGACUGUCCUGUUCAGGGUGCCGCAAUCAACUUUGAAGCCAAAGACUUUCUUCACAUCAAGGAGAAGUACAACAAUGACUGGUGGAUCGGGCGUCUCGUGAAGGAGGGGGCAGAUAUCAGCUUCAUCCCCAGUCCUCUCCGACUGGAAGCCAUGAGGCUCAAGCAGGAGCAGAAACAGCAGAGGAAAGGUGGGGGGAACUCCUCCUCCAGUCUGGGUGACAUGGUGACUGGUGGCUGGAGAUCCACGCCGCCCUCUGCAGGUGAGACCAAACAGAAGCAAAAGCAAGCUGAGCACAUUCCUCCAUAUGAUGUGGUUCCCUCUAUGAGGCCUGUGGUUCUGGUGGGGCCCUCACUGAAGGGCUACGAGGUUACAGACAUGAUGCAGAAAGCUCUGUUCGACUUCCUGAAACAUCGGUUUGAUGGAAGAAUCUCCAUCACGCGAGUCACAGCGGAUCUUUCUCUGGCCAAGAGAUCUGUGCUAAACAAGAGGCCCAUCAUGGAGCGCUCAAACACACGCUCCAGCUUGGCUGAGGUACAGAGUGAGAUUGAGCGGAUAUUUGAGCUGGCCAAAACCCUCCAGCUGGUCGUUCUGGACGCGGACACCAUCAACCAUCCGGCCCAACUUGCCAAAACCUCCCUGGCGCCAAUCAUUGUGUAUGUCAAAGUCUCCUCUCCAAAGGUCCUUCAGAGGCUGAUUAAGUCCCGUGGGAAGUCCCAGAGCAAACACCUGAAUGUCCAGAUGAUGGCUGGUGAUAAGUUGGCCCAAUGUCCUCCUGAGAGCUUCGACGUCAUCCUGGACGAGAACCAGCUGGAGGACGCCUGCGAGCACCUGGCUGAGUACCUAGAGGUCUACUGGCGUGCCACUCAUCUGCCUGGGACCGCCUCCCUCAACCCGCUAUUGGAUCAAAACCUGAUGACCCCGCCCUCGGCUAUCUCUAGCCUUCAGAACCAGAACCAGCAGCUGCUGCCGGCGGGGGGUGCCGGGGGGGCGGACGAGGAGGACCAGGGGGAGCAGGACAGCCUCAUGCCCUCCGACGAGGCCAGUGACUCCUUGUCCCGCGGUCGGAGAGAAAGGGGCUCCCGCUGCCUGCGCCCCCAGGAAUGUGAGGAGGAAGAAGAGGAGGAGGAGGAGGAGGAAGACGAGGAGGAAGAAGAGGAGGAAGAGGAGUAUGAGCCCCCCCGCCACUCCCACACGUACCGGGACAUGUAUCCGCCGCAACGCAGUCACCCCGGGGCCGUGCACAGCGCCAACGGGCACGAGUCGCAGGACAGACUGCUGCAGAGAGGGGAGAGCCAGGAGGGAGCCAACCAGCGCCACCACCGCCAGCGGGCACGGCCCUGGCCCAGGGACAACUACUGAGACAGCAGACCGAGGAGAGGAGGAGGGGACGAGGGGGGGGGGGGGUGGGUGCGACAGACCGGUGUGUUUGUGUGUGAAUGUGUUUGUGUGUGAGUGUGUGUGUGUGUGUGUAGGUGUGUGAGUGUGUGUAUGCUAGAGAAAAUGAGAGAGAGAGGGAGAGCUUCCCAGCAUGCACACCAUCUGCAGCCUGCAAGCUCCGGUCACCUUUGGCCUGCCUGGAACAGGCGGCCACUCUCUCUGUCUCUCUCUCUCUCUGUCUCUGUGAGUCUCUCGGCUGUGCUGGCACUCAGGUGCAGCACCGACACUGCCUGUGAGAGAAGGAGGAGCCCGCAUUUGUUGCUUGUUAUUUGUGGCUUUUGAAUCAGUACAAAAGUGGGCAACAGGUCGAUAACAUGCACUACUACUUCCACUAUAGGCCAGAUCCAGCACUUCCAUCACAGCACGUUUGCAACCUCACUCGGUUACAUUGGAAAUAUGUUGACUUAGGCCUGAUUUAUGCUCCCUUUCCGUGUGAAAAAAAUAGAUGAAUCUUUUUCAAACGCUUGCUCCAUUUCAUCCAUAUCAGUUUCAAGCUUUUGGAAAAUGUGCAAAAACAGAUUAAAUGAACGUUGCGUGUGGACUAAAGGCUUCUGUAUUCAUAUCUGUACUUAACGUUGAGCAUAAAUGAGGCUUUACAGUAACUGGUAGCUGAAUGAGCCAAAUCAGUGUGUGAGUGUGUAAGCGAAGAGAAAAGAAGCACUUUUUUCCCAGAUGCAUGGGGGGAGCACAGGUAGAUGUGUAGCACUAUAUAUCUUUGUCUCAGUUCUGGGCUAAAGGAGUUUAGGUCAGUAAAAUAAAAUGUGUUACUGGACAAAAAUUGAUUCUGUUGUUAGAACACCAAAGUCCAAAACCUCAGAGGAGUCCUAUUUUGGGUGUGUGUACACAAUGUACAGCCUGCUCCUAUACAGCCGACACAGAGAGUAUUGUGGACCAGCCGAUUGUCUAAACACAGAGCACCCUCCAGUCGUUCCCAAAAUGUAGCAUGAUAUUCUUGGUGUCCUGGUAAGGACUUGAGGCACGUUCGCAAGUAAUAUUUCCCUUUGUUUGUCAGGGGAAAAGGGUUUUUAGUGCAGGGUGGCUGGGGGAGUUUAAUGUAGCUGAACGUCACGGGGCUAACAGGUUGAUUUGUAGUUGUUGCAGUGCCGUCCGCUGGCGGGAGGGAUGAACGCAUGGAUGUUUGCACUUUGUCCUUUUUCCUCCAGGAUUGUUACAGAAAGGCUGAGGCCUGUCCUGUCUUCCUUUUUUGCAUCCAUCACUGUCUCGUCUUCUCUCUCUCCUCCCGUGUGGGGUUGCGUGUCACGCUCAUUUGCAUUGCUUAUCUAUGAUGAAUGACACCACAUAGAGUCUUAUGUAGGUCACUGUUGUCUCAGGCUCAGAACGCGCUCUAGCACUUGACAAGGAUGCGCAUGCAAAACAAAAUGGAGCCCGUUCAGUCACCACAGCUGCACACAGGGCUUGGGCGUGCAUGCUUGUGACUGUGAGUGUGUCUAUGUCGUUCAGGUCAGCGCUCUCUGAAGUAGCCGGUGGAGUCUACCCUUUGCCCCCAAUGACUUGGUUCCCAUCUUAGCAGGAAGUGUGUCUUCCUGAGGUUGUUCUUGAUGGGGUUCCUGUAUGACAAGCAAGAGUUGGGUGCACAGGCAUUAGAGACCAGACCAUAGUUGACUUGUGAGAUUAGUUAGUGGCUGAUAUGGAGAAUGCUUACAUCUUUUGAGGAUUUACAGUGAAAAUGAGCAGAUCGUCGAGGUAGAAUAGCAACACUUGUAGUCGGCAUUGACAGUGAGCUUCCUUCCUGGACUCCUCCCCUCAUUCUCUCAUGGAGAUGCUGCAUUGUGGGACUGCUCAUCAUGAGGAUGAGGUCACUGCGGAUCAGGGGUCAAAGUUCAGUAAAAAGCAUUUUUUUUCAAUUACAGUAGCUAAAUGUACACUAAGAUUCAUGGCUGCCCGAUUUCCAAAUUCACACACGUUGAUAGGGCUGCUUGUUUUGUGACUGUACCAUGCAUUUAAACAAACAGGUUCUCCUUUAAAAAGGUAAGCAGAUGAGUUAGUAUCACAGCAUACUGUUCACACAAGCAAAUGCCUAUAGCUUCCUCAGGCUUAGGGCGAUCCAGUGUAGGGCAAAUCGUUUACUUGGCCUUAAAACCCCCUCCCAAGAUAUUUUUCUGUAUCUUUCCAUUGCAUGUGUAACAUAUUUGAUUAUUUAGAAAUAUAUUUGCACAAUAAGAUGGGAACAGGAACUUAAAAAAAAAAAUUAGGGUAGAACUGGCUACUUUUUACCUACCAAGGGACAGUAGAGAUGCAUCCAAAAUAUUGUGUAAAUAUUGAAUGGUCAUCUGAUAAUGAUAAAUAUAACUAUUUAGUCCUUUGUUUCACUUUUUUGUCUGUAUGCAAUUGUACCUUGUUUUUUUGUUUUGUUUUGUUUUUUGAGGAAAAUAUUGCUAUGUUUACACAGCCAGGAUUGUUUAUACAGUACCUGAGGUCAUACUUUUACGAGGAUCUAACAAAAGCCCUCAGAUCAGAGGAAGCUGGGAUGUUGAAUGUUCUAUGGGUAGACACAUAAAGCCCCAGUACACUAAAACAAGCCCUCAGAUCAGAGGACACUGGGAUGUUGGGAUGUUGAAUGUUCUAUGGGUAGACACAUAAAGCCCCAGUACACUACCACAAGUAUCAAUAUGUACUUGCCACUUCAUCUAUCCAGUGGACCUGGGUUAGGGUAAACCAAUGACCGUACAAAACAAUGGACAGUCAAAAAUUAAGCCAUUCAGAAGGAACUAAAAAAAUAUGGUUAAUUCUGGGCGGAUCUGGCCAAUUUACAUUUUACUACGCAUGCUCUGGUUCCAAAAAGCACUGGCCACGUAGACACGCUCCAGUUUUACCAAUAAGGCUAACCAAUUUUGGCCUCUUUUCUUCAGGACGUGAAUGCAUGACGCCAUGCUGUCCAGGUUAUCUACAGUCAUUGUGGUGAAUAGGCAGAGACAGGGUCCACUCAGGUCAGGCUUAGCAUGACCCACAUAUGAGGUGAAAGGUCAAAGCCCCUCCCCCGUCUUGGUCACAUCUCCUCUCCAAACAGACACC